AACAAAGAAUGGUUUGGGAAAUGCUGAACCCAAUGCAUUAUAACAUCACCAGCAUGAUGCCCGAAGUCAUGCCUGUGGCCACCAUGCUGAUGCUGUUGCUCACUGGCUUUCUUCUUUUGGUUUGGAAUUAUGAAGACACAUCCUCAAUACCAGGUCCUGGCUAUUGUAUGGGGAUCGGGCCCCUCAUUUCCCACUGCAGGUUCCUGUGGAUGGGCAUCGGCAGUGCCUGCAACUACUACAACAAGAUGUAUGGAGAGUUCAUGAGAGUCUGGAUAUGUGGAGAGGAAACACUCGUUAUUAGCAAGUCCUCAAGUAUGUUCCACAUAAUGAAGCACAGUCACUACAGCUCCCGAUUCGGCAGCAAACUUGGAUUGCAGUGCAUCGGAAUGCAUGAAAAUGGCAUCAUAUUUAACAAUAAUCCAACCCUCUGGAAAGCCAUUCGUCCUUUCUUUACAAAAGCUUUGUCUGGCCCAGGCCUUGUGCGCAUGGUGACCGUUUGUGUUGGAUCCGUCCUCACGCAUCUGGACAGGCUGGAGGAGGUCAGCAACGAACUGGGGUACAUCGAUGUGUUGACCCUCAUGCGGCGUAUCAUGCUGGACACCUCCAACGUUCUCUUCCUGGGGAUCCCCUUGGACGAAAGUGCCAUCGUGGUUAAAAUCCAGGGUUAUUUUGAUGCAUGGCAAGCUCUCCUUCUCAAACCAGACAUCUUCUUUAAGAUUUCUUGGCUAUACAAAAAGUAUGAAAAGUCUGUCAAGGAUUUGAAAGAUGCCAUGGAAAUUCUGAUAGAAGAAAAAAGACAUAGAAUUUCCACAGCAGAGAAACUGGAAGACUAUAUGGAUUUUGCCACCGAGUUGAUUUUUGCUGAGAAGCGUGGUGACCUGACAAGAGAGAAUGUGAACCAAUGCAUACUGGAAAUGCUGGUUGCAGCACCAGACACCAUGUCUGUCUCUGUGUUUUUUAUGCUAUUUCUCAUUGCAAAGCACCCUAAGGUUGAAGAGGCAAUAGUGAAGGAGAUCCAGACUGUUAUUGGUGAAAGAGAUGUAAGGAUUGAUGAUAUGCAAAAAUUAAAAGUGGUGGAGAACUUUAUCUACGAGAGCAUGCGGUACCAGCCUGUUGUGAACUUGGUCAUGCGCAAAGCCUUACAGGAUGAUGUCAUUGAUGGCUACCCAGUGAAAAAGGGGACUAACAUUAUCCUGAAUAUUGGAAGAAUGCAUAGACUCGAGUUUUUCCCCAAGCCCAAUGAAUUUACUCUUGAAAACUUUGCAAAGAAUGUUCCCUACAGGUAUUUUCAGCCUUUUGGUUUUGGGCCCCGUAGCUGUGCAGGAAAAUACAUCGCCAUGGUGAUGAUGAAAGUUGUCCUGGUUACACUUCUGAGACGAUUCCACGUGCAGACAUUGCAAGGAGAGUGUGUUGAAAGUUUACGGAAAACAUAUGGCUUGUCCUUACACCCAGAUGAAACUAGCAACUUGCUGGAUAUGGUUUUUAUCCCAAGAAAUUCAGAAAAGUGCCUCAAACACUAAAGAAAAUUGAUCAGUACCUACUCUGGAGCAUUUCUCAUCAGUAGUUCACAUGAAAAUCGUCCGUCUUUACCAGGUAGUGUCAUCCUCACAAUGAACAUUUGGUGGCCUGUGCCAUUUUAUAGGCAUACCUCAUAUGGAUUGUCAGCAAGUCAGGAGACAUUGCUCACCUGUUCUUUCCAAAUCAGAGAACAAGAUUUCCGGAGAAAAUAGAGGCCAAGAGUUUAUAGGGAAAAUAGUCAAUCCCACAAAACAUGCUUUGGAAAAAGUAGGUCAUCAGCAAAACUUAUGUCCUCCUUCCCACAAAAUCUCCACUGCCCUGCCCCAAGAGCACUUUAAUGUCUGGGGCAGAAACACUCAAGUCCAUUAGAAAGGCCAGCCUGAUGUCCAGGUACUUAGGGCCCAAC